AUUCAUUUCUCAAUUCUCAAUAUGGCCGAUAAGUAGUUUAUCUAAAUACGGACCGUAAUAAUUGUGCGCGAAUUUAAUUUGUUAUUACCUAAGAUAUUUAUUUUGAUGACUUAAUAAGUGAAGUGCUGCGGCAUGUUUCCGCUAACGCCGCCCGUUGUGAAACGACUUUUAGGGUGGAAAAAGGGUCCUGAGGGAUCUUCCGCCGAAGAUAAGUGGUCUGAAAAGGCUGUAAAGAGUCUAGUUAAAAAAUUGAAGAAAAGUGGAGCUCUAGAGGAAUUGGAGAGAGCAAUUUCAAGCCAGAAUAGUCAUACUCGAUGCGUUACGAUUCCCAGAUUAAAGCCCAACGAUAACGUUAUAAACGGCCAGUACAGGAAAGGGUUGCCGCAUGUUGUCUACUGCCGGCUGUGGCGUUGGCCGCAGCUUCAGAGCCACCAUGAACUAAAGCCAGUCGACCACUGCGAGUACGCGUACCAGUUGAAGAAGGACGAAGUGUGCAUCAACCCUUACCAUUACAAUAAAAUCGACUCGCCUGCCCUCCCACCGAUCCUAGUCCCUCGCUGCGGGGAGGGAGAGGUACGCGCGCCGCCGCCCUACACCGACUAUCAUCACCACGAGCACACGGACGCCGUGAUGCAGAGCGGCGGCGUCGUGGGCGUGGGCGUGGGAGGUCACAGCGCUAUGUAUCUGGAGGCCACGCUUGGACAACACGUGCCCAGCAACACCACUGUGCAUGUGAGCUCAUCGACAGUCGAGACCCCGCCCCCCGGGUACAUCAGCGAAGACGGCGACCCGAUGGACCACAAUGACAACAUGAACCUAACCCGCUUAACUCCCUCCCCGCCGCAUCUGGCGGCCGAGGCGGCGCCGGUGCUGUACCACGAGCCGGCCUUCUGGUGCAGCAUCAGCUACUACGAGCUCAACACGCGCGUCGGGGAGACCUUCCACGCCUCGCAGCCCUCCAUCACCGUCGACGGGUUCACCGACCCCAGCAACAGCGAGAGGUUCUGUCUGGGUUUGCUGUCGAAUGUGAAUAGAAACGAAGUUGUCGAGCAAACGCGUCGACAUAUUGGGAAAGGAGUCAGAUUGUAUUAUAUUGGAGGUGAAGUGUUCGCCGAGUGCCUGAGCGAUUCUUCAAUUUUCGUUCAGAGUCCGAACUGCAACCAGCGCUACGGCUGGCAUCCGGCCACCGUCUGCAAGAUACCGCCCGGCUGCAACCUGAAAAUAUUCAACAACCAGGAGUUCGCCGCUCUGCUGUCGCAGUCGGUGUCUCAGGGCUUCGAAGCGGUUUUCCAGCUAACGCGCAUGUGUACCAUACGCAUGAGCUUCGUCAAGGGCUGGGGCGCUGAAUACAGGCGGCAGACCGUGACGUCAACGCCGUGCUGGAUCGAGCUGCACCUGAACGGGCCUCUGCAGUGGCUGGAUCGAGUGCUCACGCAGAUGGGCUCGCCGCGCUUGCCCUGCUCCUCCGUGUCCUAAGCGGACGUUCCCGAGUCAAAGUACACUCGCCCACUAUUGAGAGUAGCUCAACACAAAUACCUCCGCUACAGUUAGUGUAUGAGAUACGUAGUUUGUUUGGGGAACUGUGAGUUUAUACGUCAACGUGUAUUUACUAGAAAUAGUGCUCGCGAGCAAUGUUUGCGGACGAAUAGUGCUCGCGAGCGACGUUCGGAGAUGAAUUGCGCUC